GCUGAGUCGGGCUGCCGCUAGGCAACCGGGUGGGUCAAGUGACCCAACCAGCUGACUCUGGUUAAAGGAAGACACGGUGCCUGGGCUAGUAGCAGCUGCGAUUACCCGGCCGGGGAACCGAGCCGAACCACCAUCGUAAGAAUGUCGGGCAAAGACCGAAUUGAGAUCUUUCCCUCGAGAAUGGCACAGACCAUCAUGAAGGCUCGAUUGAAAGGUGCACAGACAGGUCGAAACCUCUUGAAGAAAAAAUCUGAUGCCUUAACUCUUCGAUUUCGACAGAUCCUAAAGAAGAUAAUAGAGACUAAAAUGUUGAUGGGCGAAGUAAUGAGAGAAGCGGCUUUUUCUCUUGCUGAAGCCAAGUUUACAGCAGGGGAUUUCAGCACUACUGUUAUCCAAAAUGUAAACAAAGCCCAGGUGAAGAUUCGAGCAAAGAAGGAUAAUGUAGCAGGUGUUACUUUGCCCGUAUUUGAACAUUACCACGAAGGAACUGACAGCUAUGAACUGACGGGUUUAGCCAGAGGUGGGGAGCAGUUGGCGAAAUUAAAAAGAAACUAUGCCAAAGCAGUGGAACUUCUGGUAGAACUGGCUUCAUUGCAGACUUCCUUUGUUACUUUGGAUGAAGCUAUUAAGAUAACCAACAGGCGUGUAAAUGCCAUUGAACAUGUUAUCAUUCCUCGGAUUGAACGUACCCUUGCUUAUAUCAUCACAGAGCUGGAUGAGAGAGAACGAGAAGAAUUCUAUAGGCUAAAGAAAAUACAGGAGAAGAAGAAGGUUCUCAAGGAAAAAACUGAGAAGGAUUUGGAGCAGCGAAGGGCAGCUGGAGAGGUCAUGGUGGAGCCUGCUAAUCUUCUGGUAGAGGAGAAAGAUGAGGAUCUCCUCUUUGAAUAAUUGUUCCUAUUCUGAUUCUUCCAGAAAUCCUAACACGGCACCAUUUAAAUCCAUGGUGUGUUGGUUUGGUAUGUGUGGCUAUUUAUGUUUUGGCCUAAGAAUUUCACUGGUUGUAAAAUUUCCCUGAAUAUUCAUUUAUGGGAUUACUUUGUGGAACCAUUUCAACCACCAUUUAUCACAGGUGGGAUCCAGGAACUUGUACAAGUGUCUGCACUUUACGAAGUGUCUCUUCAUUCCAUUUCUGUGUAUUACAAGUGAUCUGCUUACCAAGCACAUUAGAAAACAGCCCUUAGGAAACAGCAGUGGUCUUAGGCCAACUACUUUUGGAGCAUCCUUUGUUCCCACAGUUGCAAACCUUGGUGCAGCUGUCAUGAGAGCUGCAGCUAUCCUUGUGUUACGAGAUCCUUUUCGCCUCAAGCUGUAUGAAAACCUUCACUUUAUUUUCUUGCAUGAUAGAUUUGUCAGGUCUGUCAUGAGAAUUUUGUCAAUUUCAAUGUGACUGUGGAACAGUAAAAUAAUUUUAGAACAAGUGAUCUAUUAUUAAUUUACUAGUGAGAUGUUCUUAUGCUCUAAUCAGCACAUUGGAUUGUAAUUCAUGAAGAGCCUCUGCACAUAUAUAGGAAGUGAGUAGCCUCUCUUUCUUCCUUCUUGUCAGUGUUCUACUUACUGAUUAUUAAAUUUGGGGAUAAUAAAUUAU